UGGCAUUGAAACCUCCCUGUAUAAAAGGUGGCCGCACUUCACAGUUUUCCCAGGGCAAUCCAACCUUUGAAUAGUGUGCUUAUUAACAGCACUCGCCUUGCCCACCACGCUGCCUGUUUGGAGGGUAAACUGUAUGGACACCAGGCUCUGGUGACCCUUGGGUCCCCUCUUCUCCUCUCUUUCUCGGCACGGCUGAACUGGAAAGAGACAGCAUCUGUGUCUCCGUGGCCAUGGUAUUAACAGCCAGAGCUUAAGUUAUUAAACCGAGCAGCUUUUAUCUGGGAGGUUUCCGGGAGCCCGGGGGAUUAAUGUAUUUUUACCCCAGAGCCAACAUCGCUAUUCCAAUCAACUAGGGUUCAUUUCCUGCAAAGAGACUGGCCCUGCAGCCUUUCUCUAGACUCACUCCCCAACUGCAAGAGACGCCAUGGGGUUUUACCUGGAGGUCGACCCCGUCACCCUGAACCUGAUCAUCCUGGUGGUGAGCUACGUCAUCUUGCUCCUGGUGUUCCUCGUCUCCUGCGCGCUGUACGACUGCCGAGGCAAGGACCCCAGCAAGGAGGCCGCGCCCGAGGCCCCGCUGGACGGCCAGCCCUCCAUCCGCUUGGUGGUGAUGCAGCAGAGCGCGCCUGGGGGCCCCUGGGCCAGGGGGCCUGACCUUCAUUUUGGAAACCCCGCUCCCCUAGAGAAGAAAAGCACGGUGGUGUGAGGCUGGCCGAGGGAUCGUGGGGAGAGAGCACAGGACAUUCCGGACAAGCAGUUUCCCAAGGGGCUCCG